UGGCACUAAAUGCUGCUCUGUCGUACACUUCAAAGUAUUCACGUGUCAAAGCACACUCAUCGACGAAGGAGUACGUGUGUGUACACACCUGUUUGCCGCUGAAAGAAUAAUACGUGUUGUUUUACGCCAAAAUAUCUUCCAGUAAAUAAAAAACAACAAAAAUGGCACCAAAACAAAGAAUGCGUAUCGCUAACGAAAGAGCCACAAAAAACAUCACAUUACGUGGAAAUGUCCCGAAAUCAUCGAAACCACAGGAUGAAGGAUCUCCAGUUGGACCUUGUCUGUUAGCACUUUUUCUCUUUGUUGUGUGUGGCUCUGCUGUAUUCCAAAUAAUUCAGAGUAUUAGAAUGGCUUAAGAAAAUUAAAAACAUGAGGUUGAAAAUAUGUUGCUGUUGAUGUUAAUAUGAGAGAAAAAAAGCUGUCUACAUCUUACUGAUAUAUGCGAGAUCAACAGACUGUUUUACUGCAUAUUGUAAAAACAUGUAGACACUAUUUACGAUAUUGACAUGAAACUGAACACAAAUUUCCACUAAGUAAUAUUUUUCUUUUUUUGCUACAACUCAAAAAAAUUAUUUAUAAAAAGAAUUUAGCAUUUAUAAACAUUUUACUUAAUUGUAUAUAUAUCAGUGAAAGAAUAUUGCAUUUAAUGUAUUUUUUCUUUUGUAGAUAUCAAACAAAAUUGUCACAUGUUGAACAUGAGCUAUCUUUAUUCUAUAGCUUUUUUUAUUCCGAGUCUUGUGAAAAGCUUAAAUUCUUUCAUUGAUACUUAUAUACAGUAAAUAAUUGUAUAUACAUAUGAUCAAUUUAUUAUAUCAAUUUAUUAAUCAAAGCAUUCCACUGUAAACAGUUGGUAGCUUUUGGUUGUCUAUAUAUUUUAGAGGCCUUAAGACAUAAGUCAUUAUACAUGUAAAAAAAUAUAUUAUAUAUUGUCAGUGUAAUUUAUCCUAAUGAAAUAUUUGCUACGGACAAUUCUUUAUCUCUUUUAAUAAAUUAUAUUAUGAAUAAA